AGUCUAUACGGGAGGUGACAGGCUAUGUGCUCGUGGCUCUGAACCAGUUUGACUACCUGCCACUGGAGAACCUGAGGAUCAUCAGAGGAACUAAGAUGUAUGAAGACCGCUACGCUCUGGCAAUCUUCCUCAACUACCGCAGAGAUGGGAACUUUGGCCUGCGCCAGCUGGGACUGAAGAACCUCACAGAGAUCCUACAAGGUGGUGUGUAUGUCGACCAGAAUAAGUUCCUGUGCCAUGCAGACACCAUCCACUGGCAAGAUAUCGUCAAGAACGCCCGCGUCAGCCCUCUGGUGGUGCCCACCAAUAGCAGUGUUACAUGCCAGAAGUGUCACAAAUCCUGUAACGGUCGCUGUUGGGGCCCCAAGGAGGACCAGUGUCAAAGCUUGACUAAGACUGUGUGUGCUGAGCAGUGUGACGGUCGCUGUUUCGGACCCUGGGUUAGUAACUGCUGCCAUCGCGAGUGUGCAGGGGGAUGCUCCGGACCCAAGGACACAGACUGCUUUGCGUGCACCAACUUCAACGACAGCGGGGCGUGUGUGACCCAGUGCCCCCAGCCCUUUGUGUACAACCCUACCACCUUCCAGCUGGAAAGCAACCCCAGAGCCAAGUACACCUAUGGUGCCUUCUGCGUCAAGAAGUGCCCACAUAACUUUGUGGUGGACCACAGCUCCUGUGUGAGGGCUUGUCCCAGCAACAAGAUGGAGGUAGAGCAGAACCGCAUCAAGAUGUGCAUCGCCUGCACUGACAUCUGUCCUAAAGCCUGUGACGGUAUAGGUACAGCCAGUCUGCAGUCUGCUCAGACUGUGGACUCCAGCAACAUAGACAAGUUCACCAACUGUACCAAGAUCAAUGGAAACCUGGUCUUCCUCAUCACUGGCAUUAAAGGGGAUGUGUACCACAACAUUAAAGCUUUGGAUCCAGAGAAGCUGAAUGUGUUCCGGACUGUUAGGGAGAUCACAGGUUUCCUGAACAUCCAGUCGUGGCCAGAAAACAUGACAGACCUGAGUGUCUUCUCCAAUCUGGCAACCAUAGGAGGCAGAGCUCUCUACAGUGGUAUCUCUUUCCUAGUGUUGAAGCAGCAGUGGAUCUCAUCCCUCCAGCUCCAGUCCCUGAAUGAGAUCAGUGCUGGUAACGUGUACAUCACCAAUAACAGUCAGCUGUGCUACUACAACACUGUCAACUGGACCGGCCUGUUCAGAGCCAACAACCAGAAGGUCCUCAUACGCAACAACAGAGACCCUAAAGAGUGCACUACUGAGCAGAUGGUGUGUGACCCUCUGUGUUCGGACGCUGGCUGCUGGGGGCCGGGACCAGACCAGUGCCUGUCCUGUCGCUACUUUAGUAGGGGACGCAUCUGUGUGGACACCUGCAAUCUCUAUGAAGGGGAGGUGCGUGAGUAUGACAACGGCUCGGUGUGUGUGGAGUGUGAUGCCCAGUGUGAGAGAGCAGAUGGUGACUCCUUGACCUGUCAUGGCCCGGGUCCGGAUCACUGUGUGAAGUGUCUCCACUUUAAAGAUGGUCCUAACUGUGUGGAUAAGUGUCCCGACGGCCUUCAGGGGGCCAACAGCUUCAUCUUUAAAUAUGCCGAGGCCAACAACGAGUGUCAUCCCUGUCACUCUAACUGCACUCAGGGGUGUAUUGGACCCAGACUGCAGGACUGUAUUGGCAUGAUGGACAGGACUCCCCUGAUUGCAGCCGGGGUGAUAGGUGGCCUCUUCGUGGUGGUCAUCGUGGCUCUGAGCGUAGCCGUGUCCGUCCGCAGGAAGAGCAUCAAGAAGAAGAGAGCCCUGCGACGCUUCCUCGAGACAGAGCUGGUGGAGCCACUAACACCUAGUGGUACAGCCCCUAACCAGGCCCAGCUCCGCAUCCUCAAAGAGACUGAACUCAAGAGGGUCAAGAUACUGGGCUCGGGGGCCUUCGGGACCGUCUACAAGGGUAUCUGGGUCCCGGAAGGCGAGACUGUGAAGAUCCCAGUGGCCAUCAAGAUCCUGAACGAGGCAACGGGACCGAAGGCCAACGUGGAGUUCAUGGACGAGGCUCUGAUCAUGGCCAGCAUGGAACACCCCCACCUGGUCCGUCUCCUGGGGGUCUGCCUGAGCCCCACCAUCCAGCUGGUCACCCAGCUCAUGCCCCAUGGCUGCCUGCUCGAUUACGUCCACGAAUACAAGGACAAGAUCGGCUCCCAGCUGCUACUCAACUGGUGUGUCCAGAUCGCCAAGGGUAUGAUGUAUCUGGAGGAGAGGAGACUGGUGCACAGAGACCUAGCAGCCCGUAACGUGCUGGUCAAGUCCCCCAACCACAUCAAGAUCACUGACUUUGGUCUGGCUCGGCUGCUGGACAUCAAUGAGAAGGAGUACAACGCUGACGGGGGCAAGAUGCCAAUCAAGUGGAUGGCCUUGGAGUGUAUUCACUACAGGAAGUUUACCCACCAAAGUGACGUGUGGAGCUAUGGGGUGACCAUUUGGGAACUGAUGACAUUCGGGGGGAAGCCCUAUGAUGGCAUCCCGACACGGGACAUCCCAGACCUGUUGGAGAAGGGAGAGCGUCUUCCCCAACCUCCCAUCUGCACCAUAGAUGUAUACAUGGUCAUGGUCAAAUGUUGGAUGAUAGACGCAGACAGCAGGCCCAAGUUCAAGGAGCUGGCUGCAGAGUUCUGUAGGAUGGCCCGGGACCCCCAGCGCUACCUGGUCAUCCAGGGUGAUGACCGUAUGAAGCUGCCCAGCCCCAAUGACAGUACUUUCUUCCAGAGCCUGCUGGAUGAGGAGGAGCUGGAGGAUCUGAUGGAUGCUGAGGAGUACCUGGUCCCUCAUGCCUUUAAUAUCCCACCGCUAGCGUACACACCCAGGACACACGUUGAUUCCAACAGGAACCAGUUUGGGUACCAAGACCCUAGUUUCGAUAUGGAGGACAUGAUGGGGACCAUCCCACGGGUGCUGUCCCUGUCCCCAGGGGACCAGUCUGCAGGGGGGCAGGGUGGUAGCGGCUCGGAGCACCAAUGCUUCGAGGACCAGCGCUGUAACGGCACACUGAGGAAGCAGGCAACUCCCCGGCCCGCGGGACCUCCUGGUUCAGACGGAGCACCAGCCUCAGGUCCAGUGGAGAGCAGCAGUGGACAGCGCUACAGUGCAGACCCAACCAUCAUGCUGGGGGAGAGAGGAGCUAGAGGAGACACCGACCAGGAUGGAUACCUGACCGCCAUGAGGGAGAAGGCCACCUCAGACUAUCUCAACCCUGUGGAGGAGAACCCAUUCGUGACUCGUCGGAGGAAUGGAGCUGCCCUAAACCUGGACAGCUGUAACCCCUAUCAGGUGGCACCCAGCGGCCCCCAACAGGCAGGCUCCGGCCCCAGAGUGGAGGACGAAUACGUCAACGAGCCCCUCUACCUCAACACCUUCCACAACCCCGGAGUGGGAGACUACAGUGACUACACCCUGAAGAAGAAUGGGUUCACUGGGGGACACAACCCUCCCCUCGCCACCCUGGUAAGCCAACCAGGUGCCACUGGCCUCACUGCUGGUCAAUCAGGCACCGCCCAGGCAGGAAUCCCUGGUCACAGCGUCCAGGCAGCCCACGCCCAUGGAGUCUCUGCACAACCAGGAUACUCUGUUCCUCCAGGCCUCGGUACAGCCGGCGCCCACCCAGGCCACCCCUCCCACCCAGCCCACCCCGGGUAUACCCUUCACCCCGGCCUCACAGGCACCAUCAUGUUGGACAAGAAGAAUAGACAAGACAAGAACAAGACUUUUGACAAUCCAGAGUACUGGCAGCAUAGCCUCCCUCCCAAGGCCACCCUGCACAACCCUGAGUACUUGCAGGACUGCAGCACACGCUUCUUCUACCGGCAGAAUGGACGCAUCCGGCCCGCCGUGGCCGAGAACCAGGAGUACCUGACAGAGUUCGCCCUGAAACCUGGGACCGUGCUGCCGCCCCCACCCUACAGACAGAGGAACACUGUGGUGUAACGGGGAGGAGGAUGAGGAGGAAAGAGGGACUGGGCCAGGAAAGUUAGAAGACAAGGGGAGGAGGAGGGGAGGAUGGGAGUGGACAGUCCCUCUCUCACUCAGCCACACAAUAUUUACGUAUCAACCCUGGUUCCCUUCACCAGCACUGGACUGACACAUCUGAACUGACACUGGAUUACAGUAACAUUACAGUAAUAUUAUAUUAUAAGACAUAGUGCUGAGAGCCUCCCACCUCCAUAGAACCCAGGACUGAUGUUCUCCUCUCUGUCUGUCUAUGUCCUCUACACUGGAUUACAGUAACAUUACACAGAAGUACUACAGUAAUAUUACAGUAAUAUACACUGAAAGUUUUCACGGAUUCACCUGUAACGGAAUUCCCGAGACCCGAUCCGGGACCUGAGCGGGGUCGGAUCCAGAAUUCUAAAUAAUGUCACGGGUCUGCGUCGCAUCUGAUAUGAUUGUCACGAGUCUCGGGUAUGUGUAAUUUAACUAACUUGUCGGGAAGGACCCGUAAAGAUCCAAACGCGACUGCUGCAGAAGAGAGGGAGAGAGAGAAAUUGCGUAAUUUAUGCUGCUACUCUUGCUUUUCACGAGAGUGGUGCGUGUAGCUUGUUGUUGUUAUUGGCCAAUCAUAGGUCAUCAAAGCGGCAGUAGGCUACAGUCAUAGAGUCUCCGUGUGGGGCAAAAGUUAGGAGAUAUCUAAUCAAUGGAAGAUGGAAUUAAAAUUACAGAAUUAAAAGUUCAAGGAGAAGGAUAGGCUACAACGACCAAGAGCCAAUAGGUAGGCUGCUACUUUAUAUUCUAAAAGGAGUCGUUGUUGUUUGUAACUGUGUAGGAUGAGAAAGCGCAUGCAGCCUCAAUUAGCCUAGCUAGCUAGCUAGCUUAAGUAGCUGCUCUUGGUUGGAUGCACUCAAGACAGGUACUACGUAAUCAUAUUCAAUGAUAAAUAACCUAGCUUUGGCAGCUAUUAGUCUACUAUAGCGCGAGUUGGCUUGGUUGGUUGCCAUCUUUCGUCUCUCCUGCCGUGCUCCCUGUGUCACUUGCUCACACUCACAGUAGCCUACACACACAGCACGGCCUCUGCUAGAGCAUCACCUCUCUCUACCUUCUCUCCCUCGCGCUUUAUCAUCUCCGGUUAAUAAAGUAGCUUAAAAAUGUACUUUUCUGCUGCUUCCCUCACUCGGAUUGGAUCACACCGGGUCUGGAACCGAACAGGUCUAUGCGGAAUGGAUCUAGUUGUCCUCGGGUCCAUUUGGAAUGGGUCUCUAUAUUGAAAAAAAUAUAUUAAUGCAUAUUGGGUCCGGGUGGGAAGGCCCAGGUCCAUUUCGGAAUGUGUCCAACUUUUUGGACACGUCAAGGCAUUUAAUAUAAACUGCUGAGAGCCUCCCCCCCACCCAAUAACCCAGGACUGGUUUGAUAAUUGACAGCCUCACCGGUCACUCUCAGCCCCAUUCUUAACUCCUCCGAUACCGCACCCAUUACUCACCCUCAGCCCCGCCCCUUCAGUGUUGAUUACAACAACAACAACAACAGAAGGCUAAGUGAAAAGUACAUGUAAUGACAAACAGUAUCGGUCUUUGUAGGUGUGAACAGACAGGAUGAAGGCCAAGGAACAAGGAACUUGAAGCACUUACACUUACCGUAUAUUGUUUGCUCAUGAUCUCUAAUAUAUUAUUUUAUUAUUAAUAAGAUUUGUGUAAGAACCAUACGGUGAUUCACAAUCAAUACACUACACUGAAAGUCUUGGAGCAGCACAUUUUUCCAACUGGGUUAAAUGCAUAUUGUAGCAAUCCACCAUCCACACAUACAGUAAUGUCAUGAUAGCCGUUGGUGUGCGGUAUAUCAGGUUCAUAUAGGAGAACACGCAUACAUCUGUGUAUACACUGCUGUUCCGUGACUGUCUCUCAAGCCCCAGCCACGCCAUACAUCUGUCACAUAAUGUGGAGGAUGCAUUCCUGUCCGCUGACUGGCUGGCUGGCUCUGUGCGGCGUCUUUGAUGUUGACAUGGUUCGAACCCCUCUGAAUGUGUAGUAGAAUUUGUACAUUUAUUAUACAGCUCCACUCAUAUCAGCUAUAACAUGUUAAUUUGUAUCUCGCGAAAAAGGAAGACGUGUUCCCAACCUUGACACAUCAAUAACACUGUUCUAAUUCUGUAUACGUACAUGCACGAUAUAGACAUACAUGCAAGCAUGCACACAAAAACACACAUAUACACAUACACACAGAGGAAGAGAUACCAUUAGCGCCAUGUGCAUUACGUUUUUGGACCAGGAGCUCCAUUGCCCUUGGGUUCUAAAGCAGUGGAGAUAACAUUAGCGCCGUGUGCAUUACGUUUUUGGACCAGGAGCUCCAUUGCCCUUGGGUUCUAAAGCAGUGGAGAUAACAGAAGCAAAGGCAGUGCAGUGGGAUGAGAAGACAAAGCCAUUCAGCAAGUAAAUGCCACAAUGUUAUAUGUAUGCAAAGCUUGAAGGGCCUAUGCUGAACACAGUGAAAUACAGCAAGCAGAAAGUGCCACAGGAUUAAAGAGGGAAUAGGCUUAUCUGUAAGGAGAGGAUCGCCACCACCCAGCCAUGGUGUUCCUUCUAACCCACAUGACUUCUGAGGCAGACAAAUGACAAACCCCUGAAUCGAUGCAGUCAUAGAAUAUAAAUAAGAAACUGCUAUAUGUUGCAAUAUCUGUUUUUUUACUGACAAACCCUGGCAGAGUCUAUCUGUUCGCUUCCCUAUCAGAGCUGGUUACAAAGACCUCGGGAGAGGACUGAUAAUAUGGGGACUGUACACUGAACUGAACUAGACAGACAGACAGACAGACAGACAGACAGACAGACAGACAGACAGACAGACAGACAGACAGACAGACAGACAGACAGACAGACAGACAGACAGACAGACAGACAGACAGACAGACAGACAGACAGACAGACAGACAGACAGACAGACAGACAGACAGACAGACAGACAGACAGACAGACAGACAGAGAAAGAGAUGGCAGGGUCAUGUUAAUUAGGUACCAAACAGAAGACAACAGACUUAAAUAGGGAGGGAUUACCUGGACGUUGUGAAGCGGUUUGUUACGGUGUCCCAUAAUGAACAUGACCCACGUGUGUGGAGAAAUGAAGGAUUCGAGGGGACUGGAUGGGUGGCAGGCAACAGACACCAGUUUUUCCGGGACGGGAGAGGCCUGAAAACUUGGCCUGGUCCUGGGCGUUAAGAAGCAUAACUAAGCCCCAAUGGGGUGGACACUACCCUGCAGGAGAUGCAUUGUGAGUGCUGGUCAAACUGAAUAGGAGAGCCUGAGACCAGACAUGUUCUGUGGAUUAACAGAACAUCAGAUAAGGACAGUUGAAAUGCUGUAUUUAUUACUAUAGUACAACUUAAACAAGACUGUCUGAACACCAAACUGGUCCAUAAAACCAAGGCAUUUGCUCCACCACCAAAUUCCUCUCUCCCCUACUACGUAAAGUACAGUGCAUCCCCUCUCCAACAGUUUGGACUGGAGAAUAAAACUGUGCCAAAACAUUUGGAGAGAUGUCCUUCCUCCACAAUUACAUUUUCAUUAAGGAAACACAGGUGCUACAGCGAUCAAGGACAUUGAAAACUUUUCUAUUCAUGUUUGACAAUAAUGUUGAGAUAGUACAGGUAGACAGACACCAUAUCUAUGGGAGGUCAGAUCCAUGUGUCUCAGAAUACUGCCAGAUGAUUUUUGUUUUCGCUGCUAGUAGAGGGGGAAUACUGUCAUCCAGAAAGAAAUAUUUAGAUUUUGGUCUUUUAGAUUUUUUUGCGAUUUGAUAGGACUUAUUAACCAUUCUGGCACAGCCAAACCUCUCUCUUCAUUGUUUCCCCAGCCAGAAGCACAUCCGAUUCUCCAUCGGUUAAUUUUAAUUAUGUUUUAUCUAUCGCAUUGCAGCUAGAGAAAAGACAGAUAGCCUACUCCAUUUCACUGUUCAUUUUCUCUGCAUUGUGGCUUCUGUUUGUAAUUUCUCAGUGUGUUUGCAUAAUGAAGGACAAUCCACAGAUGGAGCACUUUAUUAAUAAUGAAGACAAGCAGCAGGGUAGAAGAGAGAAGGGCUAGUACAGCGUUUCCCAAACUCGGUCGGUCGUGGGGAUCCCAAGGGGUGGAGGUUUUCAUUUUUACCCUAGCACUGCACAGCUGAUUCAAAUAAUCAAGGGUCUGAGACCCUGGGAAACCCUGGUCUAGAACCCUGGUCUAGAAACACUGACAGGAGGACUAGAAACGUGUUAAUUGGCUCACCACUACCAUGAUAAUAGAAUGAAAAGUGGAAUGAAAAGGAAUAAAAAGUCAGGGAGUUUUUGGAGAAGCAUUGUGUUAUUUAUUUUUUAUUUUAGUCAAACAGAGAUGUUUCCUGGACGGUGUGUUUAUCUCCAGUUCUCUUCCUUAAUUAAAAAUAUUACUUGCCAAGUGAGUUCCAGCUGAAGCACUUCAAAACUUAGUGGGGCAGCAGGUAGCCUAGUGUUUAAGUAACCUAAAGGUCGCUGGUUCAAAUCUCUGAGCCGACUAGGUGAAAACUGCCGAUGUGCCCUUGAGCAAGUCACUUAACACUAAUUGCUCCUGUAAGUUGCUCUGGAUAAGAACGUCUGCUAAAUGACUAUGAUAUCAAUGUAAAAUGUUGUGAUUAGCUAGCUUUUAGGAAAAGCUACAAUGGCAGGUUCAUGAAAGUGGAUAUAUGCCGGUUUAUAUAGCUAAAGUAGUACAGAGCCUAGUCCUAGUGGACAAAACUACAUUGGUAGCAUCGCUACAGUGCUUAUAGUCCUUGCCAACAAAGCUACAUUGGAAGAACCAUGGGAAAAUAUAGAGCUGUUUAGAUCGCUGAUCAUGAGGCAUUACAGAGCCUAGUCCUUGUGAACGCUACAGUGGUAGAAUUGCUAGAGAACUUAUAGUCCUUGAAGACAAUAUCCAUGGUUGGAUAUUAGGCCUGAUUGGAUAGCUGGAGCCUUUCUAAGGCAGGGUUUCUCAAAAUCAGUCCCGGGCCCCUCCCUUUGUGCAUAUUUAGUUUUUUUGCCCUAGCAAAUAAAGCUUGGUUAGUUGAAUCAGCUGUGCAGUCCCAGGGUAAAAAACAAAACGUGUACACAGUGGGGUGGACGCCAGUAUGUGUACUACUCACUGACUCCACUGGUUCUCAGUACUGCCCUCCCGGUGCAUGUUUUCUUUUUUGCCCUUGCACUACACAGCUGAUUCAAAUAACCAACUCAUCAGCAUCAUCAUCAAGCUUUGAUUAUUUGAAUCAGCUGUGUAAUGCUAGGUCGAAAACCAAAAACAUGCACCCAGGGGGGACCCCAGGACUGAAUUUGGGAAACCCUGCCGUCUACCUAGCUAGGAUGUAGACGGCAGGAUGUUAGUGUGUCACAUUUUGUCAGAUCUCAAGCUACUGUUUGUUCAUUCUCAUUUUGGAGGAUUAAAUAGUUUUUCUGAUUUAAGAUUUAUUAAAUAGUUUUUCUGAUUUAAGAUGAUUCAUUAAAUAGGUUUUCUGAUUUAAGAUGAUUUAUUAAAUAGUUUUUCUGAUUUAAGAUGAUUCAUUAAAUAGGUUUUCUGAUUUAAGAUGAUUCAUUAAAUAGUUUUUCUGAUUUAAGAUGAUUCGUUUGAGAGCUAACAUUUACUGUAUCUGUAUGCAUUCUCCUUGUGUAAAAGAAGUGUGCAGUGGAAGAUUGGAGUCUAUGUUCUAGUUAUAGAGUUUACUGACACGUUUUACCAGAGAUUAUGAACAUGGUCAUGGGGAUGUUGGUGCAAUGACAGCAUAUGAGGGUGAUGUUGGGAGGAGUCAUGAUGGAUCUCACUGGUCAGUUACAGCCAGUUUAACCUGUUGGGGCUACAGGUUAGCAAUGAACCCCGAGUCGGGAUUGCUAACAAGGCUGGAAAUUCAAAACAUCAAAAAUCUAAUAAUUUCAAUUUCUUAAACCAUCAACUA